AUAUAUACCUUCUUAACACUUGAGCUGCCUGCAGUCAGUCAGUCAGUUGGACAUCCCUUAACAAGCCUGUGCCGCUCUCCUCAGUUCCAAGAAGACACCAAACACUUAAGAUGGCUGACAAGAAAGGCAAUGUGUCCUCAAGCCGUAAGCAUACUCUGAAGAGUUGUAUGCUGGCAGUUGCUAAGGAUUUGCUCGAAGCUGAAGCAUUAGAGAAAGUUAAAGAGCGGGAGAGAUACAUGGACGAGAACUGCCCUCUUCUGGAGAUUCCCCACUCCAAGGAUGAUUUGGUGGACCUUUGCACAAAGUUGUACGACAAAAUUAAUGUGAUUGAUGAGGAGAGAUACAACUUAGAAUACAAAGCAGUCAUGGUUUGCAAUGAGGUUAUAGACCUAAACAUAAAAAUCGUUGACAUGAGGGGCAAGUUCAAGAAGCCAGCCCUGAAGAAAGUGCGUAUGUCUGCUGAUGCUAUGCUCCAGGCUCUGCUGGGCUCCAAGCACAAGGUGACCAUGGAUCUGAGAUCCAACCUAAAACAAGUGAAGAAAGACGAGAAGAAAGAGGAUAAGGAUUUGCGUGACGUUGGUGACUGGCGUAAGAACAUUGACGACAAGGCUGGCAUGGACGGCAGGAAGAAGAUGUUUCAGGGAGAUUCUUAGAUCAUUGGGAUGUGUUUGUGUGAUGUGGCUGACUACUCCCCUGUUAUGUCUAGUUGUCAACCACAUACUGAUAUGCAUUACAACUAAUAUCAUAACUAUGUAAUACAUCUUUGUUUCUUUUGAAGACAGAAAGAAACAGAAGGUAACAGAAACAAGAUGUGUGUAAUUGUUUGACAGUUGGUUUACUGGAGUAGAGGUAAAAGUGGACAACUUUUCUAAUAAAUUGCCUUUAAAGGAAAUCUUUCUUAGUUUGUAUAAUUUAUAUUUUGUCAUGCUGAUACACGAAGAGAACUAAAAUGCUAUAUCUCGAAACCACUACCAUGUACUAUUACAGUAUAGGGUGGACCCUUGGUAAUGUUCUACACUAGAGUGCUGAGCUGCCCAUCUCUCUUUCAAACAUGCAAACCACUGCUAUAGUUGAUACUCAUCUUAAUUGAGUCUAAAUGGAGCAACAUGUAACAAGUUUCUAGAGGUUUUGAAAUCAAUGCUUUCUGCCAUGUUAUAUAACGGUAUUGUUAUUCAUUUACUGUUGGAUUCAGAUCACUUCCGAAGACAUGUUAAGUAAAACCAUGAGGUUUGUUUUAGAGAUUUUGUAUGUAUUCUAAGAGCUUGAAAAGUUGGGCGCAGCUUUUUUCUGUUGCAUUUCUGUACCAGUUUCUACUUUUUGAGGUCUUUGUAGUUUUCCCCAUAGAGAUCCUGCUAUUCUGCAUAUUCUAAUACCUAAUUAUGUUGUUGUUUUUUUACCACUAGGGCAACUGAAAAUAAGAAACAGUCACUUAAACAUCAGAUGGAGUCUUCAGUGACCCCUUUGGAAAGAAACAAGAGUCCAAGAUGUCUGAG